AUCAAAUGACUCCUUAACGUUAGAGGUAAGUACAUAUGGCGGGAGGAUGGAACCCAGAUGGACUCUGAAGGAAUCCGUAGGCGGUGGGUCGGUCCAUGUGAAGAAGAUACGUACAAGUAUGUCCAGUUCACGCCGCAGGGCGAAGCCAUGGAGGGAGUUCCUCAUCGGAAUCCUCUAUGAAGAAUUGGUGAUUCACGAGAAAGACUUCAACCAACUAGACUGGCAAGGAGUUGUUCAAAAAUUAUAUCAUCAAACAGGCAAACAAAUUGGUGUAACACAACUGCAGGCAUUAUGUAAAAAAUUUAGAGAUGAGACAAAGCAGUUCAUGGAUCUGUUACAAGUUACUGGUUAUGAAUGGAACCCAAAUAACAACAAAGUAACUUGUAACGAUGACGUCUGGGAACAUAUUUAUUGGAUCCAUGGUGGUAAGAAGAUGUUUAGAAAUAAAGGGCUUUUACAUUAUAAAAUGUUAAGGGAGAUAUUUGGCACUGCUAAAUAUGGCAAUCACAGUGUCAAUUGUAGGUUUCUUUCAGAAUCAGAUGAUGGUAAGAACCAGACAAACAGGGCGCGUUCAUCAAGGUCAAUGUCAGCUCAGAGUUGUGAUAAUGUUUCUAUUGUAGCAAAAGUCGGUGAUGAUAUGCAGGAUGUAUGUAUGGAUAAUAAAAGAAAGAAGAAAAGGAAGAAGCAGAGGGAGAAACAUUGUGAAGAGGAAGUAAAAAUUGUAAAAUCUUCUCCAUAUUUCGAGAAAGUGCCUGACUAUGAGGAGACUCGAAGUAGUCAAGCUAUUUCUGAUUUGUAUAUGAAGCCUAUCAAGAGUGAGUGGAUGGUUACUCCGGAAAUGCAUCAGAGGAGUAACAAAAGGAAGAGAAAGAAAAAUGCUAAACGUGGUGAUGAUGAGAAAUUGGGAAAUGAUAAGAGGGAAAUGGAUGCCAAUCCAGUCCUGACUGGUCCUCCUGAUACAAAAUUGGAAAAUAUUAAUGAGAAUGAUAAUAAACAAUCUGCUGAUUUAGAUGAGGGAAGUGCUACUGUUGCUUCAAUUUCGGUUAAUCGUGGUCAUAAUGCAGUGGUCAAGAGUAUUGAUGAUCUCUUAUCACAGUUUGUAUACAAAGGUGGAAGCUUUAGUUCCGGUAAAAGGAGGACUCAAGAUGAGAAGAUUGUCCUCAAGUCACAAGUUAGUAGCCCUUUCUCUCGAAGGUUCAAAACAAUGCAAAAGUCUUCGGAAUCUGGCUCUAUGAUUGGAAAUGAGAGUCAUUUAUCACAUUCUGGGGAAGGAGGCUGCAGAACUAUGUUUGAACCUUGCGUAUCUCAGAAUCAGAUUGAUGGCAAGAUGAUUGAACAGAAAGCACGAGUAGUUUCCCCUUACUUCGUGAACGCAAAGAAUGGUGAAACUGAAGUGAAGAAAGGAAGGUUGGUAAAACGUGUGAUGAAAGGAAACGGAAAAAGUGACAAGAAAUCACGAACCAAAGUUCGAGUGGUGUCCCCGUACUUUGCUAAGUCAACAGUGGGAGAAGACACAAAGGUAGGGGUGGAUAGACCAAAGCCUUCUAAGAACUGUCUCACCAAAAGGAAGGUUUCUCCCUACUUUCAGACUGCACACCGUGAAAAGAAGAAGAGUGGAAAAAGUUCAAAAGGGCAGAAAUCUCUCCUCUCUGCUUCCCAGAAAAGAGAUGAGGCUUAUUUAAGGAGGAGUGAAGACAACACUUGGGUACCUCCGCGAUCCCAUUUUAAUCUUCUCCAAGAAAACCAUGCUCAUGAUCCUUGGAGGGUGUUAGUUAUUUGCAUGCUUCUAAAUUGCACCACUGGUGUGCAGGUUGAGAGAGUGCUAGCAGAGUUUUUUACUCUGUGUCCAAAUGCAGUGGUUGCUACAGAGGUUGCUGCAGAGGAUAUUGAAAAUCUGAUACGACCUUUAGGAUUAUAUAGGAAGAGGUCACUGGAUAUUCAACGGCUCUCUCAAGAAUAUCUCGGAAAAACUUGGACUCAUGUCACACAGCUGCAUGGCAUUGGCAAGUAUGCAGCUGAUGCCUAUGCAAUAUUUUGUACGGGCAAGUGGGAUCGAGUACAUCCAAAUGAUCAUAUGCUAACUAAAUACUGGGAAUUCCUGCAUGAAAUCCAUGGAAAUGGCUAGGCCUAAGGGUUCAAUGUAUUUACUUGAAGUUAACAGCAGAUAAUGCGUAGUUAGGGGUAUAUUUUGGGGGUCAGUUACAUAUUUUUGGUAGAUUAACCUCUGGACUUUUUUAGUGGUAUAGAAGCCUUAUGGUACUUACUAGGCAACUGUUUUAAUAUAUCAUCUCUGUAUAUGACAGGUGCUAACUUCCUUUUCCAAGAGUAUGUAAAUCCUUGUUCUAUU